GAGCCAUGGCCUAUAGGGUCCUGGGCCGCGCGGGGCCACCUCAGCCGCGGAGGGCGCGCAGGCUGCUCUUCGCCUUCACGCUCUCGCUCUCCUGCACUUACCUGUGUUACAGCUUCCUGUGCUGCUGCGACGACCUGGGUCGGAGCCGCCUCCUGGGCGCUCCUCGCUGCCUCCGCGGCCCCAGCGCGGGCGGCCAGAAACUUCUCCAGAAGUCCCGCCCCUGUGAUCCCUCCGGGCCGACGCCCAGCGAGCCCAGCGCUCCCAGCGCGCCCGCGGCCGCCGUGCCCGCCGCUCGCCUCUCCGGUUCCAGCCUCUCUGGUUCCAACCACUCCGGCUCACCCAAGCUGGGUACCAAGCGGCUGCCCCAAGCCCUCAUUGUGGGCGUGAAGAAGGGGGGCACCCGGGCCGUGCUAGAGUUUAUCCGAGUGCACCCGGACGUGCGGGCCUUGGGCACGGAACCCCACUUCUUUGACAGGAACUACGGCCGCGGGCUGGAUUGGUACAGGAGCCUGAUGCCCAGGACCCUCGAGAGUCAGAUCACGCUCGAGAAGACGCCCAGCUACUUCGUCACUCAAGAGGCCCCUCGACGCAUCUUCAACAUGUCCCGAGACACCAAGCUGAUCGUGGUUGUGCGGAACCCUGUGACCCGUGCCAUCUCUGAUUACACCCAGACACUCUCCAAGAAGCCCGACAUCCCGACCUUUGAGGGCCUCUCCUUCCGCAACCGCACCCUGGGCCUGGUGGACGUGUCGUGGAACGCCAUCCGCAUCGGCAUGUAUGUGCUGCACCUGGAGAGCUGGCUGCAGUACUUCCCGCUAGCUCAGAUUCACUUCGUCAGUGGCGAGCGACUCAUCACUGACCCGGCCGGCGAGAUGGGGCGAGUCCAGGACUUCCUGGGCAUUAAGAGAUUCAUCACGGACAAGCACUUCUAUUUCAACAAGACCAAAGGAUUCCCUUGCUUGAAAAAAACAGAAUCGAGCCUCCUGCCUCGAUGCCUGGGCAAAUCAAAAGGGAGAACUCAUGUACAGAUUGAUCCUGAAGUGAUAGAGCAGCUCCGGGAAUUUUAUAGACCGUAUAAUAUCAAAUUUUAUGAAACUGUUGGGCAGGAUUUCAGGUGGGAAUAAGCCCACGAGAGGAAAGGGCUCUCAAGGGCUCUUCUGCUCAUCUCUUCCAGGAGAUUUGCUCCCAGACCAUCUGAUCUCCCUCCAACAAACCUUGGCUCCAGCCCCCUUUCCCUACUUGAGUUGCAUCAUCUUGGAACCAGGAAGCCCAGCUAAAGCCAAGAGACCAGAGUCCCUGCCACUAGUUCUCAUCAGUCUGUUCAAGCAAAGUUGAUCUGCUCCUGGCAUGUCCAGUAAAUUCCAGAAUAAUUCUCCUUUCUGCCCAUAAGGGGCCUUGGGGAAUUGCUUUAAGAAGAGUGAAUGUUCCAGUGAUGAUAGAUAUUAUAAGCGAUGAUGGUUCUGUUGCUACGAACACAGGAGUCGGUCCCUGUCAUUGUCCACGCAGGAGUGGCCUUGUUAAUUCCAAGUGGCAUGUUACCUUCCCUCUGAGCUUCAUUUCUUCAAGAUGCUCUGGGUGGUGGGAUGGGAGACCAUCCUCAGCCCUCCUCAGACCUUAGCAAUUCAUUGAGAGAUUGCAAAGCUGAAAGCACCUCCGGCCACUCCUGGGAGACAGACCCUUUGGUGACGAAAUAAGCCAGUGACUUCAGAGCCUGUGGUUUGAACUGUGCUUGAAAAACACUGUCUCUGAAAACAACUUUGUGACUCUCCCUGCUCCCUGUGGACAAAAGCACAUAAUUCUGCUGUUACGGGUACUUUGCUCAUACGAGCUUUCAUGUUCAGCAUGCAAUGGAAUCAUGCUUGUCCAUGUGAAAUAAAUAUGGCUCUCUCGUGUCCUUAA